AAUUGGCCUGUCUUCUGUCUCUCUGAAGCACAAAAUAAACUCUGAAAGACUGAGAGAAGCACAAAACAAACACUAUAAUGUGCAUUUGACUUGACUGACUCAACCUACAACAACCCCACUUCCACUUCUCUUCUCUUUUUCUCUCCCACACAUUUUGUUUCUGUUUUAGGUUGUUUUAGCUACUUUCUUUUAAAUACCUGCCUUUUCCUUCUCUCUCUCUCUCUCUCUCUCUCUCUCUCUGUAAUGGCUUCUCUUUCCCUUUUCUCUGUCUUUGUUACUUUUCUUCUCUCUCUCACUCCUGCUUUCUCGACCAACUCUGAAGGAAAUGCUUUACAUGCUUUGAGAAGAAGGUUGUCUGACCCCACCAAUGUGUUGCAGAGCUGGGACCCUACUCUGGUUAAUCCCUGCACAUGGUUUCAUGUCACCUGUGACUCCAACAACCAUGUGAUUCGCUUGGAUUUGGGCAAUUCUAAUGUGUCUGGGGCUUUAGGUCCAGAGCUUGGCGAGCUCAAGCACCUGCAGUACUUGGAGCUUUAUAGGAAUGAAAUAGGAGGAAAAAUCCCAGAGGAGUUGGGGAGUUUGAAAAACCUUGUUAGCAUGGAUAUGUAUGAAAACAAAUUUGAAGGUGAAAUUCCAAAAUCUCUUGCCAAAUUGAAGUCACUCAGAUUUCUACGGUUAAACAACAACAAGCUAGCAGGAUCAAUUCCAAGGGAACUCACCAGCCUCUCUAACCUCAAAGUUUUUGAUGUUUCGAACAACAAUCUUUGUGGAACAGUCCCAGUUGAUGGCCCUUUUGCGACAUUCCCAAUGGAAAGUUUUGAGAACAACAGACUCAAUGGCCCAGAACUGCAAGGACUUGUGCCCUAUGACUUUGGAUGCUGAAGCAAGCUUGUAUUCCCCGACCCUCCUCUAGAGAGUGCAAUUCUAGAGCUUACUGUAUAAUAGAGUGGCACGAUAGAGUGCCUAGUUGCUAUGUUAUGUAUUUGACAAUGGCACGCUGUUAAUGUGUCAGUAAUGAGUAUUGGAAGAAAGCAAAUAAGAUGAUUGUGCACUUGGAAACUUAAUAUAA